GAUAGAAACAUUCUUAAGGAGUCCCCUCGACAAAUAUAGACAUCGAGAUACUUUUUGAGUCAGUACCGAUUUUAAUUAUUUACUUGUUGCGUUUAUUUUAUCAAUAAAUUCAUCAAGGUAACUUUCGCGUCUGCACUGCAAAAGAAAAUUCUGUCUAUGAAAGAGGGAAAAGAAAUAACAUUUACUGCAACGAAUGAUUUGACUUCGAUUCACAUAGAACCGGAGCAGGUGCCCCAGCCGCGGUCAAUGAAGAGGGGGAAAGCGGAUUCAUCUAUGUUUUGUGAAAGUGACAACGAGUCAGACGAGGACCCGGAGUAUCUAGCUGCUGUUAAGAUUCUGAAAGAAGAAAAGGAAAGAGGACUUUGUGUGAUUAAAAAGAAGCACGAAUCAAUGAUUGAUUGCGCAAAUCUGCUCGCAAUAAGCGAGAGAGAGCGAAUUCAGGAGUUAUUUGAGGAAAAGUUGGCUCUUAUUCAAAAACGAUUCACGGAAAGUAACCAAGUGAAAACACGGCGAAUGGCUGCAGAUGAAGCAAAGCAACACAGCCAUCAUAUUUCUACCCCUGAGUCCACUGCAUCUACGAAUUCGCAUCGCAGUAAAGAUAUUUGCUAUCUAACUGUUUUGCUGACAGAGGAGGAAAUGGUCGACGAUCUCCAGAUGAUGGCAGCAGCGACCCAGGCUUUGUACCAUGUUACUGGAAUUCCAAAAGUUAUCAGUGCGGCUCCGCUCUCUGGAAAUCGGCUUUUAUUAAACGAUAAAGUGAUCGAGCCCAACACGCCGUGUACGCUGCGCAAUGGAAACAAUUUAAUUCGCAACUGCGUUUUCUUAUCGACGGUUGUGAAGGAAAAGGAGAAUAAGGAGAAAAGAAAGGAUCCGGAAGUAGGAAAAAAAGCGAAUUUGAACGGUAGAUUGUGA